AUGCUCAUCUCAACCAUCGUCUCCGCUCUCUCACUAUUCGCAGUCGCAUCCGCCCAGUCCUCUACCUCAACUAGCACUUCAGCUGCCGCUUCUGCCUCCUCUUCUGUCGUCGCAGUCGCCGCCACCGGCUCAAACGGAUACAGUUACGCUGGAUGCUACAAUGAGACGACCGAGAUAGCAGGCACGAACGGCGAUCGCGCCCUCUCGGGCGGUAAGAUGGAGACUGGCGAUACCACCACUGUUGCCGCAUGCCUGCAGUACUGCGGCGACUCAAACUACCAAUACGCUGGCCUGGAAUAUUCCAAAGAGUGUUGGUGCAGCAACUAUCUCUCUGCUUUGUCGACACAAUUGUCCGCAUCGAACUGCUCGCUUGCAUGCGUGGGCAACAACACUGAGCUUUGUGGUGGAUACCUUACCCUCAGUCUUUACAACCUUACCAGCAAGAAGGCUGGCUCUUCUGGUUCUUCGACCAAGGGUGCUGCAUCAUCGGUCGCUGCUUCGAGUUGGACCUAUGUUCUGGGAGCAGGUGUCAUGGCUUUGACGCUCGGUUCUGCUUUGUAA